UCCCCAGCUGCUCCUCAUGUAGAAAUGUCUUUCGGUCCUCGCCCUGCACUCUCCCGAGACGUAGGCAUGGCCUCGCACGUCCAGGCGUUCUCCCCUCACACUCUCCAAUCAAGUGCCUUCUGCAGCGUGAAGAAACUGAAAGUGGAGCCGAGUUCUACCUGGGAUAUGACCGGCUACGGCGCCCACGGCAAAAUCUACAGCCAGCAGAGCAAGGCCCCCGCCGCCCCCGUCAGCUCCUCCCUUCACGGCCCCAACCCGGCCGGGCCCUACGAGCCGGCCGCGGGCUUCCCGGGCGGCGCCGGGCCCGUGGUGGUCACCUCGGCCAGCAGCACCUCUGGGGCGGUGGCCCCGGGCGUCCCCCACAACCUGAUGCGGCGCAGCACGGUCAGCCUCCUGGACACCUAUCAGAAAUGCGGGCUGAAGCGCAAGAGCGAGGAGAUUGAGAACACGAGCAGCGUCCAGAUCAUCGAGGAGCACCCGCCGCCGCCCAUGGCCCCGACCCACGCCGGCGGGGCCGCCAACGCCUCCGCCGCCGCCGCCGCCGCCGCCAAGACCGGCGGCUCCGGCGGAGAGGGCGACUACCAGCUCGUCCAGCACGAGGUGCUCUGCUCCAUGACCAACACCUACGAGGUCCUGGAGUUCCUGGGCCGGGGCACCUUCGGCCAGGUGGUCAAGUGCUGGAAGCGGGGCACCAACGAGAUCGUGGCCAUCAAGAUCCUGAAGAACCACCCGUCCUACGCCCGCCAGGGCCAGAUCGAGGUCAGCAUCCUGGCCCGGCUGAGCACGGAGAGCGCCGACGACUACAACUUCGUGCGGGCCUACGAGUGCUUCCAGCACAAGAACCACACGUGCCUGGUCUUCGAGAUGCUGGAGCAGAACCUGUACGACUUCCUGAAGCAGAACAAGUUCAGCCCCCUGCCCCUCCGCUCCAUCCGGCCCGUCCUGCAGCAGGUGGCCACGGCCCUGAUGAAACUCAAGAGCCUGGGCCUCAUCCACGCCGACCUCAAGCCCGAGAACAUCAUGCUCGUCGAUCCGCCCCGGCAGCCCUACCGGGUCAAGGUCAUCGACUUCGGCUCCGCCAGCCACGUGUCCAAGGCCGUGUGUUCCACCUACUUGCAGUCGCGCUACUACAGGGCCCCCGAGAUCAUCCUGGGCUUGCCGUUCUGCGAGGCCAUCGACAUGUGGUCCCUGGGCUGCGUCAUCGCAGAGCUGUUCCUGGGCUGGCCUCUGUACCCCGGAGCCUCCGAGUACGACCAGAUUCGAUAUAUUUCCCAAACCCAGGGGCUGCCGGCCGAGUAUCUGCUCAGCGCGGGGACGAAGACGACCAGGUUCUUCAACCGAGACACAGACUCCCCUUACCCUUUGUGGAGGCUGAAGACCCCAGAUGACCAUGAGGCAGAGACGGGGAUUAAGUCCAAGGAGGCCAGGAAAUACAUCUUCAACUGUUUGGACGACAUGGCCCAGGUGAACAUGGCCACGGACCUGGAGGGAAGCGACCUCCUGGUGGAGAAAGCCGACCGGCGGGAGUUCAUAGACCUGCUGAAGAAGAUGCUGACGAUCGACGCGGAUAAGCGGGUCACUCCCAUUGAGACCCUGAACCACCCGUUCGUCACCAUGACCCACUUGCUGGACUUUCCCCACAGCUCCCACGUCAAGUCGUGCUUCCAGAACAUGGAGAUCUGCAAGCGGCGGGUGAACCUGUACGACGCCGUGAACCAGAGCAAAACCCCGUUCAUCGCCCACGUGGCCCCCAGCACGUCCAGCAACCUGACGAUGACGUUCAACAACCAGCUCAAUACCGUCCACGGCCAGGCCACCAGCCUGGCUCCCACCUCCUCCAAGGCCACUGUCCCCCUAGCCAAUCCCGAGGUCUCCAUACUAAACUACCAAUCUGCACUCUACCAGCCCACAGCGGCGUCCAUGGCGGCCGCCGUGGCCCAGCGGAGCAUGCCCCUGCCCACGGGGACGGCCCAGAUCUGUGCCCGGCCCGACCCGUUCCAGCAAGCCCUCAUCGUCUGCCCGCCCGGCUUCCAAGGGCUGCAGGCCUCGCCCUCCAAGCACGCCGGCUAUUCCGUGCGCGUGGACAACGCCGUUCCCAUCGUCACGCAGGCUCCGGGAGCUCAGCCGCUCCAGAUCCAGCCAGGCCUGCUCGCCCAGCAGGCCUGGCCGGGGGGCACCCAGCAGAUCCUCCUCCCGCCGGCGUGGCAGCAGCUGACCGGAGUGGCCGCCGCCCACGCCUCCGUGCAGCACGCGGCGGCCACCGUCAUUCCCGAGACCAUGGCCGGGACCCAGCAGCUGGCCGACUGGAGGAACACACAUGGCCAUGGCAGCCACUACAACCCCAUCAUGCAGCAGCCUGCGCUCCUGGCGGGCCACGUGACCCUCCCCGCGGCCCAGCCCCUGAACGUCGGCGUGGCCCAUGUCAUGAGGCAGCAGCCGGCCAGCGGCACCGCAUCCUCCAGGAAGAGUAAACAGCACCAGUCUUCGGGGAGAAACGUGUCGGCCUUUGAGGUGUCUUCCUCGUCCUCGUCCUCCUCCUCCACCUCGUCCCAGGCCGUGGGUUCGCCUCAGCGGUCCAAGCGGGUGAAGGAGAACACGCCGCCGCGGUGCGCCCUGGCCCGCGUCAGCCCGGCCUGCGGCCCCUCGGUCACCUGCGGCUGGGGGGACGGGGCCCCCGGAGCCCCCCGGGAGCGCCAGCGCCACACCAUCGUCAUCCCCGACACCCCCAGCCCCGCCGUCAGCGUCAUCACCAUCAGCAGCGACACGGACGAAGAAGAGGAGCAGAAGCACGCGCCGCCCCCCAGGGCUCCCUCCAAGCCGAGGAAGAACGUCAUCAGCUGCGUCACCGUGCACGAUUCCCCCUACUCGGACUCCUCCAGCGCUAACAGCCCGUACCCCGGCCAGAACCGAGCCGCUCACCCCAACGCCAACGCUUACGACGGCAAGGGGGCACUGGGCGGCGGGAACCCCCGGACCAUCAUCGUGCCGCCCCUGAAAACCCAGGCCAGCGAGGUGCUGGUGGAGAGCGACGGCCUGUUCCCAGCCGCCGCGGGCCACCACUCCUCCUUCGCACACAAGUCCAAGUCCUCCAGCACGGUGACCUCCACCGGGGGCCACCCUGCAGGGAGCACCUCCGCGACCGCCGCUUACAGGCAGCAGCGGCCCGGACCGCAUUUCCAGCAGCAGCAACAGCCCCUGAAUCUCAGCCAGACGCAACAGCACGGCCCGCCGGACCGCGGCGGGGGCCCCCGGCGCCAGCAGGCCUACAUCGCGCCCACCAUUGCCCAGGCCCCGUAUUCCUUCCCGCACGGCAGCCCGAGCCACGGCCCCGUCCACCCGCACCUGGCCGCCGCCGCCGCCGCCGCCGCCGCCGCCCACCUGCCCGCCCAGCCCCACCUCUACACCUACACGGCCCCGGCCGCCCUGGGCUCCGCCGGCACCGUGGCCCACCUGGUGGCAUCCCAGGGCUCCGCCCGCCACGCCAUGCAGCACCCCGCCUAUCCGGCCGGCAUCGUCCAUCAAGUCCCCGUCAGCAUGGGCCCGCGGGUCCUGCCCUCGCCUUCCAUCCACCCGAGCCAGUACCCGGCUCAGUUCGCCCACCAGACUUACAUCAGCGCCUCUCCGGCCUCCGCCGUCUACACUGGAUACCCGCUGAGCCCCACCAAGGUCAACCAGUACCCUUACAUCUAAGCCCGGGGCCGGCGUGUCCGUGGGGCUGACUGGACGGCCCCAGCGGAGACGUCCCCCCACAACCCCGGGGCCCUCAGCCCGGGCCCAGCUCCCUCUUCCGCAGGAUGGGCCACGGCCUACAGACGGCCCGCAGUUGGGCGGGGGACCGCCGCCGUCGGGGGAAAGGGGACCGAGAAGCGGACCCUCAGAGGAGGGGCCCGGGACACGAUC